AUGGGGACCAGGACCAUCGGGACCAGGACCAUCGGGACCAGGACCAUCAGGACCGCCGAGUGUCCCCCCUCAUUAGAGAACAGAGACGUUGUGUUCGUGUUCGUUCGUCUCCAUACUAAAGAGAACUUCAUCCUGGAGGAGAAGAGUUUUGUUCCCUGUGAGGAGCUGAGGUUCGGUCGCAUCUCCUUCAAAGGCUUCAACCCAGAAGUCGAGAAACUGAUGGCUUUGAUGAAUCCAAGAGAUGAAGAGGAGAAAGAAGAAGAGGAGAUCAGCAGGAUGCAGACAGACGUCACAGAUGAAGAGAUGGCUCUGAGGUACGAGAGUUUAGUCCGAAGCAUGAAGAAGAAGUUUUCUACGAAGCGGGAGCGAGCGGCGACAGAAGAGGAGGACAUGAACCACAACGUGGUCGAGACCAAGAGAGUCUUCAUGAAGCCUCAGGACUGAAGACCACGGACUCUUUUUAUUUUUAUGGAAAUGACUCAAAAUAAUCAUUUUUUACUCGUGUGCAGAAUCUCUUCAGAGGAGAUCAGUGAGCAGGAGGUUGGAUGUUAUACAUCCUGUUUUUAAAGGAGAGACGUCUCUGAGGUGAUGAACAGUGAUGAACAGUGAUGAACUGUUCAUAGUGAUGAUGAGACCUUCAUUAAACCAUAGCU